UGUAGCCCACACAAGCGCUCCAGACAUCCACACUCGCACACGUUCCCCCUUCUCUACCUUGGUGGUUUUAGGAUGUAAACUCUCCUCACCUGGUGUUCAAAAAGCUCUGUGUGGGGUGAUGUUGAAUUCAGAAGGUAUGAAGACCCCCUUGAGCCCCACCCAGCUCAUAGAAAAUGGACAGCUGUGCUUCGCCAUCGCAGGCUGCAUGGAGGUAAAGGAGCCUAGCAUUAUCAACGCGGACAUGCAUCUCCAUCAGGAGAAGAAGAAGCUGCUCUACUCGCUUUGUGAAGUCUGCAACAUCCAGCUGCACUCCGCCACGCAGGCCCAGGUCCACUACAAUGGCAAAUCUCACCUCAAGAGGGUCAAACAAUUGAAUAAAGGAGAGCUGCCCACGGCAAGCGUCAGCUCGGCUUCCACUCCUCUACACUCUCUCAGCAGCAGUGGCAGUCAAGGAAGUUCCUGUCAUAGCAACACGCUCCCCGCGUUGGUUCGGACUCCUUCUCUAAUGAUGCAGUCCGGUCUGGACAUGAAGCCUUUCAUGACCUUCCCUGUGGAGAGCUCCUCUCCGGUCGGCCUGUUCCCUAAUUUCAAUACGAUGGACCCUGUCCAGAAAGCUGUAAUCAACCACACAUUUGGAGUCUCCAUUCCUCCCAAGAAAAAGCUAGUUAUUUCUUGCAACAUCUGUCAGCUUCGCUUUAAUUCAGAUAAGAAAGAAAUAUGCGUACAGGUUUGGAACAACAUGAGGAGCCAAGCCGAGGCGCACUACAAAGGCAGUAAACAUGCCAAGAAGCUCAAAGCACAGGAGUCCACGAAAAAUAAGCAGAAAAGUGCAGCCGCCCAGGACAGCGUCGCUAAGACAAUCACCACCACCAACACCACCACCACUUCCUCCUGCACUGCAGUCACUGCCAGCUGCUCUGACCAACCAGAGAAAAGUGCAGAGCCGUUGGCUGCUCACAAAGUCCCUGCCUCCCCGCAAGCCUUUGUGGCAGCUCCCGCUGCGCCCGCGGUGGCAUUAGUGCCCAGCCCAUGCAAGACGGCACCCGCGCAUGCCAGCCCACCCACCGAGCCGACAGGGCACGCGGCAGCCCUGAAGAACACCUCCAAACCAGCAGCGGUGCCAACGGCCCCGUCAGAGCCCAGCGUGGAGUCCGAGGACGAGAAAGCCAAGAAGCUCCUGUACUGUUCGCUGUGUAAAGUGGCUGUCAACUCCCUCUCACAGCUGGAGGCACACAACACAGGCUCAAAGCAUAAAACCAUGCUGGAGGCACGAAAUGGAGCUGGCCCCAUUAAAGCGUACCCCAGACCCGGGUCCAAACUCAAAGUUCAGGCCACACAGCUUAACAAAGGCUCGGGCUUACAGAACAAGACGUUUCAUUGUGAAAUCUGUGAUGUCCACGUCAACUCAGAAAUCCAGCUCAAACAGCAUAUUUCCAGCAGGCGGCACAAGGACAGAGUGGCUGGCAAACCCACCAAACCCAAAUACAGCCCGUACAACAAGCAGCAGCGCAGCUCCAGCUCUCUGGCAGCCAAACUCGCCCUGCAGAAUGACUUGGUGAAGCCCAUCUCACAGGCUUUCCUCCACACACCCUUCGCCCCCACCACCGUCCCGUCCAUCUCCCUCCACCCUCGUCCCAACACCUCCAUCUUUCAGACGGCCUCGCUUCCGGCCUCCUUUCUCCGCGCCGCUCCAGGACCGAUCCGACACACCGCGGGCUCCAUCCUAUUUGCGCCUUACUGAGACGUUUCUGGAACUAUGCCACACUACGUUCAGAUCUUGAAACAAUGGUGUGUUUAGUGAAACUUUAUCCUCAACUGUCCUCACCAUCGCAAAACCCAGGAAGGAUAUUCCGUCUUAGUGAGGACUUUUGCAUUUGAAAACACUUCAAAUAAAGUGUUGAACUGCUUCCUGAAAGACUUGAAUUAUCAUGGUCUUCCUUUUCAACUCAACCAACCCCGGACAAGCACAUGCCUGGAGGCG